AUGAAGUUAAUAAAAACUUUUAAUUUAAGAAAUUAAGAUUUAAGUAACUGCCUGUCACAGGUUCAUAGAAAAAAGUAUCCGUUUAUCAUAAAAUUAUUAUUAAAGUCAAGAUGGCGCAGUCAAUGAUGCGUAAAAUUGCUAUGGGUAACAUGUUUGUUAUGGUGGGAUUGACAAGAAGAGCUAGCUCACGAAGCAUAGCUACAGGUAAAAGUUUGAUGGACAAGAAGUUCAAAAAUGAUUUGCCACCUGAGAGGGAGGUCACAAAAUCGGUAUUUAUGUCUCAAUCAACAGACAUAUAUACGAACUUGGCUCUUGAAGAUUGGAUGUAUCGAAAUAUGGACUUCAGUAAACAUCAUGUUAUGAUGGUUUGGCGCAAUGAACCGUGUGUAGUUAUCGGAAGACACCAGAAUCCUUGGCUUGAAGCCAAUGUGCCUUUCUUAUCUGAGAAGGAAAUAGCUCUGGCCCGUCGCAACAGCGGAGGUGGCACUGUUUAUCACGACCGUGGCAAUCUCAACAUUACUUUCUUUUCACCCAGAGAAAGAUAUGACAGAAAGUACAACUUGGAACUAAUCAAGAGGGCAUUAUUCAGAGGCUUUGGAAUUAAGUCAGUUAUCAACGAUCGUCAUGAUAUCAUUGUGAGAGAUAAAUACAAAGUAUCCUUUUUUAAAUAUACUGAAAUUUCUGGAACGGCUGCUAAAUUAGGACGUUUGACAGCGUAUCAUCAUUGCACACUUCUAGUCAAUGCCAAUAAGGCAGAUCUCAGCAAAGCACUAGCCAAACGAGAGCAUGGCAUACAGACGAACGCGACUCCGUCUACUCCAUCUCCUGUGGUGAACUUAUCGGACCUAGACAAACGGGUCACUGUGGAAGGUCUUCAGACUGCAGUGGGCUACGAGUACCUCAGGACUCCUGCUCUGCACUUAGAAGAUGGUGGGGACAAACAAAUAUCAAGACAGAGAGGAUUCCAGUUCAUAAAUCCUACUGAGGAGUGGUUCCCAGGCUUAGCAGAGUUGAAGAAUGAACUGCAAACAUGGGAUUGGUCAUUUGGUCGCACACCAGUGUUCACUGUAAGCCGUUCAUUUCCGGUUCCACCGGAGCUGCUAUCACCAUCGAAGGUCUACUCUGCUACUCAGGAGUUGAUCAUCAGCAUGACUGUGGAUAAGGGUCUCAUAAAUGACGUCACUCUGAACAUUCCCCCUGGCCUGGUCGAAUCUGGAUUCUAUGGGGAAGCAUCAGUUAUAACUCAUCUCAAGGGCAAGAGAUUCACGUCAGAAGCCCUGACUGCUCUCCAGGAUGCCAUGCUUACGCGUCACACAAGUGGUGAUGUGAAAAAACUGGAUGAUAAGGAACAAUUUGUCGCAAAAUGUUUCGACCAAGUUGUUAAUACCGUUUAAUGUAUAUUAACAUUUUAAUCCAGUUGGUGCUCUUUCUCUAGUGUAGUAUUAUCGUGGCGUUGUUUUUUUACAUGUUAUCGUCGCUUGUUCACUGGUUGCAAAUUUUAUCUAUGUUAUAUAAAUACUAAGAUAUAUGGUUCAAAGGUUAAAUCGUAAAUUGUAUAUUGGUACUUCUGAUUUUUAUUUUUUUUUUUUAAUAGUGUUAAUUUCUUUGAAUAUUUUUUUCAUGCUUACCGAUAUUGCAUUCAAAUAAUCGUUUAUUUAACCGUUUAAUAACACCGAAUUUGCUUUGUUGUUGUGUGUUUUAGUUUAGUGUUUUAUGUAAUAAUAUUUAGAGACACGUAAUGGGGGUUCUUUUAUGUCUUGUAUUUGACUUACAGUAUGUUACAUACUGAACUGGUAUAGCAUGUCAAGUUCUCACAGCCGAAAAAAUACCUCUUUUCCCUAAAGCAGAGGAGAGGCAUACAACAUACAAGAGUCCAACAUUUCGUUACGCGUCUCUAAUAAUCCUGCGAGUCGCACGUUUGUGUCGAACGCUACAAGAAUGCAUCAUAUCAUUUGUUUUAAUUAAAUUUUAAUUUCGUUACCAAGUUAAUGUACCCAUGUAAUUUUUACUUAUAAUACAUAUUGCGUAGCACGUAUUUUGUAACGUUUUAUGUCUAGAUUUCUAUUUAACCUAAACCAUUUCAUCAUUCACCUGCAUUAUUUCAUAACAUCUACCCGAAACGGGUACUUUUUUAUAUGAAGUGGACAUAAGGCACAUUUUAGUAAAUGUAGGCUUUUGUGUUAGAAUAAGUUAUCUUAGGCAAUGUAGAGUUUGCUAUUAUGCAAUAUUAUUUUUGAUACUAGACGACAUUUAAGAAUAAACGACAAAUUUUUAUCUCAUUGUAUAUUAUACUGAUGUAUUGAAAUAAAUAUAAUGGUAUUAUUGUA